AUGGGAUACAUUCGUGCAAUUUCGCAAGAUGAAGCAGUCAGUUCCUCUGUGCCCCCGAGCGGCAGUGUGCAGUUGGACUUCGAGGUGCUGCAGCGUGAAGCUCGGUUGAAGAUGAAUUUGAAGACCAAGCCCGAGCUGACAGAGACGGGAGACCGCAAGAGCAAUGGUCGCGCCGAGCAGACAUGCCAGUCCAUUCGACAGAUGGCUGGAGUUUUGCUUGAAGAUUACGAAGAUAAGGAUGGUGCGCCUUUAUCAGCUUUGCUUCCAACAGGCCAGAUCGUGGAAUCAGGUGACAUUAAGGCUGUGGAGUUUUCUGUGGAGCAUGACGACAUGCCACACAUGGACGAGCCUCUUGAAUGUCACUUCACGGAAGAGGAGGCAGAUCAGUUUGAGCAGUACUGGGAUUACACUUGCAAUGAGCAGCUUGUUGACGAGUACGAGCAGUUUUUCAGUCCUGAAAGCAUGCUUGAUGCAGUUGACGAGCACUCGAAGAAUUCUUUUCAGCGAGUGGAUGCGAGUGUCUUGUAUUUUCCUGGUACGGACAAAGAACCUCAGUUGGACGAGCAGAGACUGGCAGAACUCGACACAAUAGCAGAGAUGGUCGAGAUUCAAAGGCUCACAGAUAUGGGUGUCUUGCGACAAGUGGAAGACUCUGAGUAUGGGAAAUUGCAGACAUCCCAUAGGAGCCUAAACACGCGCUUUGUGCAUACUUGGCGCUUCAAGCGGGUGAAUGAAGAAGGCAAGUGGCUUCGGCGAGCGCGGCUUGUGGCGAAGGAGUUCAAGCAUUUGGACAAGGAGAGAUUGGGACUUUUUGCACCUUCCAGCAGUGCAAUCAUGUGCAGAGUUGUGCAAUCCUUGUACACCCACCAUCGCCAGAGCAAAGGUUGGAUCAUGUGUUCCUUUGACGUGCAUGACGCUUAUUUGACCGUGGAUCAAAAGAAGCCGACCAUCAUCAGCACAAUCCUUUCAGGAACCAUUUUGUUGAACGGACAGCUUUUGUAUUCGAGCUCUCGCGUGCAGAAAGCAGUUGCUCUUUCAUCUGGAGAGAGUGAAUUUUAUGCCUCAGUGAGCACAGCCUCAGACGCCCUGAUGCUUAAGGCAAUGAUUUCAUUUGCUAUUGACAGCAAUCGUGAUGUGGAGCUGAAGCUCAUCGGCGACAGCGCCGCGGCAAGGGGCAUACAGAGCAGGCGGGGCUGUGGCAAAGUUAGACAUUUGUCUGGCAAGUAUUUGUGGUUGCAAGAAAAGGUCAAAGAUGGUACCAUCAGCCUUGGGGUUGUUGGCACUAAGUGGAACACGGCAGACCUCGGCACAAAGGCUCUUAGCCGACAAAGAAUCCGUUUACUUUUGAGUUUGCUGGACACACGAGAUGAGCUGGCAGACUGCGCAGUUGUGGGAUCAGAUGAAUUUGAUGAGGAGUGCAUGCGGCAUCGCUUGAAAGGUGUCAUCAGGCGUGUCAGCCAGGAGCUUUGUGCGCCUGAGACGUCAUCUCAGAGAAUGAAGCAGGCCAAGCGGUUGGUGAAGCUAGGCCUUUUGCAAUCGGCAGCCGUUGGAGCUGCUGGCACCGAGAACGUGUUGAGCCUGGAGCCCAACACGACAGCGCAGUUGACAGAUGAGUAUCUUUUCCAUGAUGUGCUAUUCGUUUUCCUCGGGCAGCUCACGGAUCACGCGCUGCCCGCCCUUGGCGCGCAGCUUCAGGCUCAAGAACUGCGCGAGCGAGCGGAGCGUGACUUGCGGGUUGUGCUCCGGGAGCAGCAGCUGCCGCAGUCCUCCAGCAGCGGCGGCACUGAUGAGCGCUGGGAUGUGUGCUACGUGCUGCGAGUGCAUCCCAAGGAGACUCGAAGACGAACGUAUUUGGGCCUGCGCGUCUCAACCUCUGGGUCGCUGCGCCGUGCCGUGACCCGCACCUCGGAGUUGCUGUCCCUGCGGCAGAGCAGCCCAAGGGACCAGGCUCUCCUGGACAGCUACCGUGUCCCACCAGAGGCGGGCAUUUGGCGGUGCAAUCUCUUGGAGGCCUUGCCGGUUGGAGUCCCCACCCUGCUCGUGUACAUCUUGGUCUGCAAGUCCUGCAAAUGCGACGCGCAACAGUCGACCAAGGCUGACGCCGAGCGGCAGUUGCCUCCGCAGGUGGAAGCGCUGAUUCGGCCGGGGAUGCUCGGGCCGAGCCGCGUCGGCAAGGAUGUGCCGUCGCCCUCAGAGUUCGCACACCCGGACAUCAUCGGGCCGACGCUGCUGAGCCAACGUGUCGCGGCGUCAGGGUCGGCGGAGCGGCCCGGCGCGAUGAUUCUCAAGCGCUGGCACCAGGAACUGAAGAAACCUUGUGAAGUCCUGGCCGAGCUGAACGGCCGAGAGGCAAUUGCUGCUCCAUCGGCUGGAAAGGACAUGGAGGAUCUUCAGCGAGUCGCGGAUCGUGAUGCGGCGACAGCUGCGCUACGUGCGGCGGUGCAGGCAGCCGAGCCGAAGGCGUUGCAGGCGGCCAUCGAGAAGGCAGAGGCUCGCGGCCCGCCUGACCAGGAACUGAAGAAACUUCUUGAACUCCUGGCCGAGAUGAACCGCCGAGAAGCGGCAAAUGUCGCUUUGGCCAGCGCAGCGAUUGGAAAGGCCAUGGAGGCCCUCAAAGCGGCCAUCGCGGCAGCCAAAGAGAAGAAGGUGAAAGCGGCGUUCGUGGCUGAAGCGGAGAAGAAGUUGCAGGAGCUUCAGCGACUCGCGGAUCAUGAUGCCGCGAUGGCGCUGCGUGCAGCGGCGCAGGCGGCCGAUCCGCAGGCGUUGCAGGCAGCCAUCGAGAAGGCAGAGGCUCGCGGCCUUCCUGACCAGGUACUGAAGAAACCUCGGCAAGAGCUGGCUGAGCUUAAGAUCCGACAAGAAGCAAGGGCCGCUUUGGCAAAAGCAACGGCUGGCAAGAACAUGGAGGACGACUUCGAGCUGAUGGAAGUCCUGGGAAAAGGCGCGUUUGGCACCGUCUUCGCACUGCAGAAGGGCUUCGCCGUCAAGAUCACGGCUGUGCCGAACCAGGAAGAAGCUGCCCUGUGGAAGGCCUGCUCCAGCAGCCCCUUCGUGGUGCGGCUCCACCAUGUCUGGCACGACGAGAUCAGCCUGAUGGUGUGCGAGCGUUGCCAGGAAUCACUGAUGCCGGCACUUGAGCGCGGCUCAGGUGACUGGCGAAGGAUCUUCCGCCAAAUGCUGCUGGGCGUGGCGCACACACAUGGCGUUGGCAUCGUGCAUCGCGACAUCAAGCCUGAGAACUUCUUGUGGGGCGGUCCUGACCACCAGACGCUGAAGCUCUGCGACUAUGGCCUGGCGGUGGAGAUGCCCGCGGGAGCUCUGCUCCGCGAAGUCCGCGGCACUCCCCCGUACAUGGCUCCGGAGCUGGAGGGCGGGUACGACUUCGCGGUGGACAUGUGGGGCAUCGGGGUGAUUGCCCACAUGGUCCACUUCGGGAAGUACCCGUACCAGGGCGUCGAUGCCGCGGCCGUGCGGCGGGCCGUGGUGGAGGACGUUCCGCCUCUCGAGCUCAGCUUUGAGGGGGAGGCUGGGAUCGCCUUUACGCGGGCUCUUCUACGCCGAGCUCCCUCAGAGCGCCCAGCUGCGCGAGAGGCGUUGCAGCACGCGUUUGUGGCGGAGCAUCACGAAGCCUGCUGUCAAAUGGCACCACGUGCUUCUACAAUGCCAGUCCGGAUCAAGCGCGUGUUCGCUUGGUACAUCUUCGCGUGCCUUGCCAUCGCGGUUGCUACCAUCCUUGCAGCAGUGCGGCUUGCCGGAGAGAAGGGGCAGCUCAUGGAUGCGGGCCACGUGUAUUUCAAGGAUGGCACAGGGCCAGUGCCCUCGAAUACCCUCAUGAAGCCAAGAUCUACCCAGGGACCAGAUCGCGUUGCGAUGGGACCAGGACAGGUUGCAAACAACCGGAACCGGAGCUUUUGUAGCAUUAUGAUGCUUAUCGUGGCACGGGGCAUGUUGCAAGUGCAGAGGCGCCCUCCCUGGAGACGGAGCGGAAUCCCUGCGGCCGCCCGGGCCAUGCAGCUGCUGGACGAGGUGGUGGGGCUGGUAGCACAGGCGGAGGAAAAGCGCGUGGCAGCUUCCAAGUUGUGCGGGAUGCGUUUUAAAGGGGUGCGGAACUCGCUGCCGCAGGCCACGCAGAGGUCAUUGCCGGAGUCGUCGUCUUGCCUGCGGAAGGACGCUUUGGGCAACAAGUUGGCACCGUUGGAGGCCGCCUUGUCAUCGAGCGGAGGCGACGGCGGCGAUUUCGACGCUUUGGGCAACCUGGCGCCAUCAGAGGACGCUUUGGGCAACCUGGCACCGUUGGAGGCGACGGCGGCGAUUUCAUGCUCGACCUCUGCGAGAAACGAGUGGAGAUGCUCGACCUUUGCGAGAAGCGAGUGGAGGAGGAUCGGCAGUUCGGCAAGGCGUUUGUGCCCUUGCUCGACUCACCAAAGGGCGCAGUCGACGGGGAGUACGGCGAGCUGCCAGCUUCCAGGCUGGCAGGAAUGAACUACGCGUACUUCGAGUCUACGUAGCGAGCUCCAUCUCCCGGCUUCUCUAGGCCGCGCUUCUGUUUGAAGGCAUCCCUUUUUGAGGUAGCUGUGAUCCGCCAGAAUUUGCGUCAGAUUUGCAUGCCACGACGCCGACGCGCGACGUCGGACGCCGCAUUGUAACGUGUGCUUGUGGGAAGCAGCGCGCAGUAGGCAGUGCAGAAUGAGCGGACGCAUGCGGCCGCUUUGCAAGUGGAAGGUAUGCAUGGAUGC